AUGAAAUCAGUAAACACCUUAUCUUUAAAUUCUUUUACUCUAUCUUUUGAGUUGUUUUUAUUCCCCCAUUCCUUCUCUUUCUAUUUUUUUUACCAUUCUCUCUUUUCAUUCUUUCUUUCUCUUUCUCUAUUUCUUUCUUUUCCCUUUCCUUCCAUUUUUCUCCUUCUUCAUUCUUUCUUGUUCUUUCUCUAUUUCUUUCUUUUCUCUUUCUUUCCACCUUUCUCCCUCUUCAUUCUUAAUUUCUCUUUCUCUAUUUCUUUCUUUUGUUCUUUCCUUCCACCUUUCCCCUUCUUCAUUCUUACUUUCUCUUUUUCUAUUUCUUUCUUUUCUCUUUGCUUCCACCUUUCCUCCUCUUCAUUCCUUCUUCCUCUUUCUCAAUUUCUUUCUUUUUUCUUUCCUUCCAUCAUUCUCCCACUUCAUUCUUUCUUUCUCUUUCUAUAUUUCUUUUUUUUUUCUACAUACCCUUCUCUUGAUUCUCUUUUUCUUUCUCUUUUCUUUUUAUUUCUUUCUUUGCACUUUUCUUUCUUUGAUACCUUUCUCAAUUUUCUACUUUAUGUCGUUCUGUUUUCUUUUUCUUUUCUUUCUCUGUCUUUCUUUCUUUCUUUUUUUCUUUCUUUCUUUCUUUUCUCUGUUUUAAUUUCCUUAGCAAGUUCGUUUCGCUCGAUCAGUUACGAAUGA